AUGCAGCAGAUUUCAGAGUAUGGAGGUUCUUUUCAAGAGCUUAAACAGUUGAGGCAUUUCUUGGGCAAGUUGGAAUGUCUUGAAACCGUGAAAGUUUGUGUUGACGCAUACGAGAAUAACAACAACCGUGAAGUCUUGCGAGCUAAUCUUCUGUCUCUCCCAAGACUUUCAUCCAAGUGCAACAUCAUGUUCAUCUAA